AUUCACACCAAAACCUAUCCUCUCUCUCACACACACUAACACAUACAGAGAAGAAUUAUGGUUUCGAUUCUUGAUGAGCCAUUGCUGGCACCGAACUCAGACCGGUUCAGUAUGUUUCCUAUUCAGUAUCCUCAAAUAUGGGAAAUGUAUAAGAAAGCCGUCGCCUCUUUCUGGACCGCCGAAGAAGUCGAUCUAUCUCAAGACCUUCGCCACUGGGAAUCUCUAACUUCCGGCGAGAAACACUUCGUCUCUCAUAUCCUCGCCUUCUUUGCCGCCUCAGACGGAAUCGUGUUAGAAAAUCUCGCCGGCCGUUUCAUGAAAGAUGUUCAAGUUGCAGAGGCUCGAGCCUUUUACGGUUUUCAAAUCGCAAUCGAGAAUAUCCAUUCCGAAAUGUACAGUCUUCUUCUUGAAACCUACAUCAAGAAUUCACAAGAGAAGAACAAAUUGUUUCACGCAAUCGACACCAUCCCCUGUGUUCAGAAGAAAGCCAAUUGGGCGUUGAAUUGGAUCGACGGGUCUGAAUCGUUUGCGGAGCGUUUGAUCGCUUUCGCUUGCGUCGAGGGUAUUUUCUUCUCCGGAAGUUUCUGCGCUAUUUUCUGGCUUAAAAAGCGUGGGCUUAUGCCGGGACUCACCUUCUCGAACGAGUUAAUUUCGCGGGACGAGGGUUUACACUGCGAUUUCGCCUGUUUGCUGUAUGGGCUGAUGAAGACGAAGCCGAGUGAGGAGCGAGUUAAGCGAAUCGUUGCUGACGCUGUGGAGAUAGAGAAGGAAUUCGUGUGCGACGCACUCCCCUGCGCCCUUGUAGGUAUGAACGGUGAUUUGAUGAGCGUAUACAUUGAAUUCGUGGCGGAUAGACUGUUGGAUGCUCUUGGAUAUGCGAAGAAGAUGUAUAAUGUACAGAAUCCUUUCGAUUGGAUGGAGUUGAUCUCGCUACAGGGGAAGACGAAUUUCUUCGAGAAGAGGGUCGGGGAGUAUCAGAAAGCUUCGGUCAUGUCGAGUUUGAAUGGAACCGGUGGUGAUACUCAUGUAUUCAAGAUGGACGAGGAUUUUUGAUCCUCCUAGUCAGUCCUAGGUUAUGCUUUUGUCUUGUUCUGUUAUGUUCUGUUAUGUUCUGUUUCUUUUUGCCCUACUAAAGGAACAUAAUUGCCAAAACUUUGUUGGCUAUAAAUUAUGAAGUAUUCAAAAACUUAAACUCAAGGAUGGUUAUUUAUCUUA